UUCGUAAUAACAGUGUUGCUUAUACUAUAUGCACGUAUAUCUUAAGUAUUUCAGAUAGUCAACCUUUUAAUUUAAGUACAGGCAUUAACUUAUCGCACACCUAAGUCAUGCAAACAUAUACUGGAAUGACUAAAAGCUAUUGAAAAUGUAUGAGCAGCAGCCUUUCAGAGGGUCUGGUUACCACCACAAAUCCUGUGGCCAGUGAGAGACCCCCAAACAGACCCCCUGCCUGUAGUUUUGUCAGGGCUGAAAAGAGAAAUAUUUUAGAAGUUUAGAGAAUGAAAAAUUAUAUUUAAUAUUAAAAAAAAAAUAAUAACAUUUACAUUUACUAGCAGCAGCUGCCUUAGUGCCUGUAAAAAAUUGGAUAAUCAGCCUGCCUGUGUAUGUGUGUGUGUGUAGUCUAAUGUAUAAUCACUGGCCAUAUAUAGCGUUGUUUAUGAAAAUAUGCACGUAUUUUGGAAUAAGUAAAGGAAAGAAUUCUGCAUCUCCCUGUUUGUCCGAAAUAGAAACACACAAUAACAAGCCUGACGAUAACCACGUCAGGAAAUUCAACUAACAGUACAGUAGUAUGUAGCAGAGUUUAGGACGGUGAAGGUCUGUUGUGUGGGUUAAUUUCGGUUUAGUUCUGUUCACUUCUACUUGUGUUGAUGUUACUCACGUUCACAGACGUUCACUGUCCUGUAACAUUGUACCAUGGGGAGAUGUCACGCAUGUACAAAGUUGUGUCUUCACACACACACACACACACACACAGCCAGCCCAUUCUUCAUGAACUCCAUAUAUUGACUCUCUUGAGUCUUUGUCUUCAGAAGUGUGAAGGGUUCCAGCAGUCUGAGUUCCGCUCCUUCGCAGUGGACCCACAGAUCACUUCACUGGACGUCCUGCAGCACAUCAUGAUCAGAGCCUUCGACCUCAAUGAGAAGAGGAAUUUUGGGAUCAGCUACCUGUCCCGGGACAGGCAGGGUGUGGAGCUGUACCUGUCUCUGCUCUCGGACUGGGACCUGGACGCAGCCUUUCUCAGUGCCUCCAAACCCUACCUGCAGCUGAAGAUCGACACCAAGCCAGCCGAGGACAGCCCCCUGCUGGAGGACUGGGAUAUCAUCAGCCCAAAGGAUGUGAUCGGUACGGAUCUCCUGCCAGGAGAGAGGAAGUCUUUGGCUGCUGCUGCUUUGCCCUUCACACAAUCCCUUCUCUCCCAGGUUGGCAGGACCCUUUCCCGGGUGCAGCAGGCUCUCAGCUGGUCCGAUGGGGAGGAUGUGAAGCCCUUCAAGCCACCACUGAGCGACACAGAGUUCCACAGCUACCUGAACCACCAGGGUCAGCUGACUCGACCGGAGGAUCUGAGACUGAGGAUCUACCACGGGGGUGUGGAGCCCUCCCUCCGCAAGGUGGUGUGGCGCUACCUGCUGAACGUGUACCCUGAUGGUCUGACGGGUCAGGAGCGCAUGGACUACAUGAAGAGGAAGACGCGGGAGUACGAGCAGCUGAAGGGGGAGUGGAGCCAGCGGGCCAGCCCUGAGGACCUGGAGUUCAUCCGGGGGAACGUGCUGAAAGACGUGCUGAGAACCGACCGCACGCACCCCUACUAUGCAGGGUCCGAGGACAGCCCCCACCUCACCGCGCUGACCAGCCUGCUCACCACCUACGCCAUCACUCACCCGCAGGUCUUGUACUGCCAGGGUAUGAGUGACCUGGCCUCCCCCAUCCUGGCUGUCAUGGAUAACGAGGCCCACGCCUUCAUCUGCUUCUGCGGGCUCAUGAAGCGCCUGGAGGGGAACUUCCGGGCGGAUGGCAACCUUAUGUCCCUCAAAUUCCAGCACCUGAAGCUGCUGCUGCGCCACUCCGACCCAGAGUUCUCUGCCUACCUGGUGUCCCGCGGCGCAGACGAUCUCUUCUUCUGCUACCGCUGGCUGCUGCUCGAGCUGAAGAGGGAGUUUGCCUUUGAGGACGCCCUGAGGAUGCUGGAGGUCACCUGGAGCUCCCUGCCCCCUGACCCUCCGGAGACCGAGGUGGAGCUGCUGGGGCUUACCUUGGAGGAGGGGGAGAGGGAGGAAAGGAGGGAGAGGCACAUGGUAAGGCCCACUGUCCAGGUUGAGGGAGAGGAGAGGGAAGGAAUUAGAGAGAGGAGGGAGAGGCACAUGCUUAGUUCUACCCCCCAGGACGAGGGUGAGGGGGAGGUGGACAGCGAAGAGAGCAAGGAGAAGCACGUGCAAAGGCCCACCGCCCAUGGUGAAGGAGAGGAGAAGAAAAGUGGGGAGACGAGUGACGGAGAUGAGAGGGAGAACACAGGGGAGGAGAGGAUGGAGAGAGGCAAAGAUGAGAACGGGGAAGAAUGGAGAAAGGAGCACUUGUUUAGACCUGCUGACCAGGGUGAUAGGGAUGAUGAUAGGUGGGACAGGAGGGAGAGGAAUGACAGGGUCAUGUUAAGACCCAUCACCCCAGUUGAGGGAGAGGAGAGUGAGAGGGAAGAGAAAGCAGGGAAGCCCAGGCUAAGUCCAGUCUCCCAGCGUGAGAGAGAGGAGGGGGAAGGAGAGAGGGAGGAGCUGGAGACAAGAGAGAGAGAAGGAGAUAAGACGGAAAGAGAGGAGAGGAAAGAAGGGAAGAGUACAGGAGAUAGUAGGGAGAGGAUGCUGAGACCAUACCAGGAUGAAGAAGAAAGGGAAAGACAAAGAAAGGGUGAGAGUGAGUUAGUGGAGAAAGAAAGGAGGCACAUGGAGAGACCCAGCACCCAAAGUGAAGGGGAGGAAGAAGGAAGGUGUGAGGCGAAACCCAACACCCAGGAGGGGAGAGAGGAAAAGGAGACUGGGGUGAGGGUAGAGAUAGAAGCAAGAGUGACAGAGAGGAGAGAGGGACUGAGGGAGGUGAGAGAGCAGGGAGGGGAUCCUAAAGAAAAUCCUUUUGAGGAUGCUGAGAAGGCUGGAAAUGUAGGGAGUGAAGAACACAAACCAAAUCUAAAAGAGAAUCCAUCAGCAGAACUGGAUUGGGGAAUACCGAGGCACAUAGAGGAUUCUUUCAUGGUGAGAGGAGAGGGAGGAAGGCAAGCAUCCAGCAGGGAAGGAUUACUUACAGAAGAACAGAACAAAACACAGGGAGAGGGAGAGGGGGGGCACAGUGUCCUGCCACUUCCACCCCUAGGAAAACAACCCAGUUUCGGGGAGUAUAAAUACUACAGCGCUUGGAACGAGAGUUUUGACCUUGAGGAAAAAACAAACUUGAAAGAUCUGGACAAUGUGAUCAAUUUGAUAAACGUUUUAAACAGCAGAGUGGAUGAGAGUAGCCAAACUCGUAGCCCCUCUGUCCUCUCCCGCCACCCCACUGAGGAAAGCGAGGGAGAGCUGGGAGAAGGGGAGAGAGAACCUCUCCUUAAACUGCCAAAUCAACCACCCAUCUCCCACCCCCUCCCGGCCAGCAACCUCUCCAGGAAAAUGACGCCACCCAGUGGCAGGGUGGGCUCUCCAUCUCUACCCAAUGGGAAGCCGGCCUCCCCUUUGCUGGCUAAUGGGAAGGCAGGAUCUCCUUGCCUCUGCGGCGACAAGGAAAGAGGAGAGCGCCCAGUCUCUCCCUGCCUACCCAACUGGCGCACUGCAUCGUUCUCGUUGCCCAGUAGGAAGUCCCCAUCUGGGGCGACUGGGCGUCGUAACUCCACUUACUCUCCCCCUUCUUCCUCUCCAUGCCUGUCCAGCAGACUACUGUCCCCCUCCCUCCCCAACAAGACAAGCACCCCUGCUACCCCGGAGAGCCAGGCUUGGGGUGUCGCACAGAAAGAAGACAAGCAGCAGCAGCAGCAGCAGCCCCCACUUUCCCUGCCGCCCCCCCAGGAAUUUGGCAAAGGGAACCCAUUCAUGCUUUUCCUGUGCCUGUCCAUCCUCCUGGAGCACAGGGACCACAUAGUGAAGAACGGGCUGGAUUACAACGAGCUGGCCAUGCAUUUCGACAGGCUGGUCCGCAAACACAACCUGAACAGAGUUCUGCACCGUGCCAAGGCUCUGUUUGCAGAUUACCUGCACAGCGAGGUCUGGGACUCGGAGGAAGGGGACGAGGCCAGCUCUGAUUCCCCGGCAGCCCAGAGCCCGAAGCAGCCUUUCUCCUGACCUUUCCUUUCCUCCGGUGGAAACCAGCCAGUGGCAAUGACCAAUACACAGAUCACAACACGUCCCCAUGUAACACUGCUAACGGGGCUGCUGUUUCUUUGUACGAUAUACAGUAAUGACAUAAAGUGACCAGUGACAGUGGCGAUGGGGACUGUUUUUGUGAGACGGCAUAGCAUGUAUUCAUAAGUAUAAAUCACAUUUAUUUAAAGAAUUUGGUGGACUCUCCCAAAGUACAGAAGGGUUCCAGCAAGGACGCUACAAAUCAGCGAUCAAACCAAUUUUUUUCCUGAUACAGAAUUAUUUCAAUCCUGUUUUCAUGAUCUUUAGGAGGACCUUGACAAAUAUCAAUCCUAGGGUUGGAAAAAAAGUCGAGUUGUCGGGGUGUUGUCCAUAAUUUAUUUAUUUAUAGCUUUAGAAAAAUAUUAUUUAUGGUAUCGUUAAUAAUCCUGCAACAGAACCCGAGAUUCAUUUCUGUUUUUUCAUUUGUGUAUGAAGUGGAGGGGGGGGGGUACCAUGUAUUAAACUGGGAAAUGAAAAAAGACUUUAACACAGACGCCCCACAUGCCUCUGUUGGGGGAGAGAACACUGGUGUGACUUUUAUUUUGAAAAAGCAAAAAACAAAACUACUACUAAUUAGGGAGGAGGUCUCAAUUUAGAUGAAAAAAAUUAUUUAAGAAUAUGGUGGUGAUGAAAAUAUCAUUGUCAUCCAGCCCUAAUCAUUUAACACAUUAACACAAGAGGUCAAGCAUCCGCUGCUUGGUCAACGUGAGCUGGACUGACCCUCUUCUUCCACUCAUAAAAGUGUAUAUAGUUGACACUGCGUAGUCCACUAUGUACAACUGUUUUGUGGUAACUAGGGUGGGUUUUCACAAAAUAAAAAGACUGUAGAAGGUCAGAUCUAAUCAAGAACCCCCCCCCAAAAAAAAGGUGACAGGUGGGUGCAGUUUAUUCAGUGUAUCUGUGAAAGGAUAAUAAAAUGGAGCCAGAUGUUUUGUAAGUCUUUAAGAGUAUGCCAAAAUAAAUAAAAUAAAACACAGACUCCUUGUGAAUGUGUGGGACAAAAGCCCGUUUAACUCUUUAUGUAGCAUUCAGAUAAGAGCAUAGGAAAGUUUACAAAUGAGAGGAGGCCAUUCGGCCCAUCUUGCUUGUUUGGUUGUUAGU